UGUUUUGUUACAUCUUUAGUGUCAAUUAGAAAUUUGAGGUAUCGUAUUAUAACCUUGUGAUUUAGGAUAACAAAAACAGAAUGAGGGAAAUUCCUUUGUCAAAUUGUGAAUAUGAAUUUGUCACAAAAUGUAUUGGAGAAUCUACAAGAAUGGACGGAAGAACUUUUGCAGAUUAUCGGGAAAUAAAAAUAACUUUUAAAAUGGAUUUUGGAUGUUGUAUUGUCAGCUUGGGAAAAACUAAAGUUCUUGCGCAAGUCCGUGCAGAAAUGGACAGACCCAAAGAAAGCAGAUCAAGUGAGGGAAACUUGGGUAUUUUUGUUGAAAUGUCUACAAUGGGAUCACCUAGCUUCGAUCCCACAAAACCAGGAGAACUUGGAAUAGAAUUGCAACGAAUGUUAGAACGAUCUAUAAUAUUAUCAAAAGCAGUUGACCUGGAGAGCUUAUGCGUGCGAGUUGGAGAACAAGCAUGGAAUGUAUCACUUCAUGUGCAGAUUUUAUCCCAUGAUGGAAAUAUAUUGGACUGUGCUUCUAUAGCUUCGUUAGCAGCAUUAGCACAUUUUAAACGCCCAGAUGUUUCUGUUAUAGGAAAAGAAGUAACUGUUCACACUUUUGAAGAAAAACAUCCCGUGCCUUUAACAUUCAAUCAUCAGCCAUUUUGUGUGACUUUUGCCUUUUUUGAUAAUGGUACCACAUCCAUUAUUGAUCCAACUAAAUUAGAAGAAAAUUGUUGCGAUGGUAAAUUAAUGAUAGCAAUGAACAAACAUAAAGAAGUUUGUUGCACACAGAUGAGUGGUGUUGUACAAGUUAGUAGCGAUCAAGUUCUAAAAUGCACAAAUAUAUCUUCAGUAAAAGUCAAAGAACUCAGUGAAUUUGUAAAAAAAGCAAUCGCAAAUGAUGAAGCUGCAAAAAAGAAUGGUUUUAAAUCGUCUGAAACUAAAUUAUCCUCUCGUUCAACAAAAACAAAACCAGAUCUUGAUCCUAAAACGCACAUCGCGUCUGUCGAAUCUAAAGUUCAUUUACCUGUGAUUCAACAAAAUGAAGACGAAAUUCAGGGGCCAUUAAAUAAAAAUGAAACAAGACAAAAGCUAUCAUGGGUUAUGAAUAAUGGUGGAAAUACAUUUACUGCCGGGGAGGACGGGAUAGAAAAUAAUGCUAAGGUUGCCAUGGAAACGGAAUCAAAACAGACUGAUGAUGUUAAAAUGGAAAGUGAUGAAGAAGAAGAUACAGUCAUGUUGCAAUUAACCUGAAAUUUAUUCUUUGUCUAAAUAUAAUAAAAUCAUAUUGUUAAAUGUUAAUUAUUAGUAUUUUUGAGCAAUUCGAAUUUUUUAAACAUUUUAACACAAAUUAGCAUGCAUUGUUCCCAAACAGACUUUUGGACCGUUACUCUAGUCUGUAGACAUUUUCCAUAAUAUUUAUCCAUAUUCAACCACCUUUUUUUGUUGUGAAUUCAUUUCGUAAUUUUGAAAUGAGCUAUGCAACAGCAUGCUCUAUGUUGUACUCAACUAAAAUACAUAGGUCUCUAGUUUUCAAACAUUUUGAGUUUUGGGAUAUCCCCCAAAAGUCAAGAUAACCCUUCUAACCACUUACAGUUCGUUUUUAACUUCUCGUCUUUUGAAAAACCCACAGCAUACAAUUAUGGCUGUCUUUUUUGCAGA